UAACAACAAUAUAUUUUUUUCUCUUUUCACUCCAUCUAGGCCUCUUGUUUUUGCAGUUCUGCAGCACAUCAACGCUUGAUUCCAAAUUCAGAUUGUUAAUCAUGUUCUUGUCCUAAGUCUGGAAUGACUUAAUUUCUGCUCCAUUUGUUCUACCAGACCUGCCAAAAUUGUCUUUUGUUUUUUGAGACGGAGUCUCACUCUGUCAUCAGGCCAGAGUGCAGUGGCGUGAUCUCAGCUCACUGCAACCUCCGCCUCCCGGGUUCAAGCGAUUCUCCUGCCUCAGCCUCCCGAGUGGCUGGGACUACAGGCUAAUUUUUGUAUUUUUAGUAGAGACAGGGUUUCACCAUAUUGGCCAGGAUGGUCUUGAUCUCUUGACCUCGUGAUCUGCCCGCCUCGGCCUCCCAAAGUGCUGGGAUUACAGGGGUGAGGCUAUAAUCUGCGCCUGGCCCAAAAUUCUGUCUUUUUACAACCUUAGCCCACUAGUUUCUUUGAAUUUCCCAUACAACUUUUAUUGUGCCAGUUACCUGGAGAGUCAUUUAUGUCUGCAUCAAAUUUACUGUUAUGUAUGAUAUUCCUAGAUUGUAUUCUCCAGAAGGUCAGACACUUUAAAACAAUAUUCCCUUGCGUGUAUUACAAAGUGUUACAUUCAUAGUAGGUAGCCGGUAAUUAUUGUUCAAUGGGGAGUGACUCAUGUUCAUGUUGAUGAAAAGAGUCAAACUCUGUAAAAUAUUUUAAGAGACUUCUUCUGAGCCAAAUAUGAGUGACCAUGGCCCGUGACACAGCCCUCAGGAGAUCCUGGGAACAUGUGCCCAAGGUGGUUGGGAUACAGCUUGGAUUCAUAUAUUUUUGGGAGGCAUGAGACAUCAAUCAAAUACAUUUAAGAAAUACAUUGGUUUGGUUCAGAAAGGCGGGACAACUCAAAGUGGGGGGCUUCCAGGCUAUAGGUAAAUGUAAACAUUUUCUGGUUGACAACUGAUUGAGUUUAUCUGAAGAUCUGGGAUCAAUAGAAAAGAAAUGUUUAGGUUAAGAUAAAGGAUUGUGGAGACUAAGUUUUAUUGUGCAGAGGAAACUCAGAUAGCAGACUGCAGAGAGAGCAGGUUAUAAAAUGUGUCUUAUCAGACUUAUAAGAGUGCCUGGCUCUUAGUUGAUUAUCUCCUGGAUCUGGAAAGGAAGGAAAGAAAACAAAGGGGAAAGGAGAUUCUCUAUAGAAUGCGGAGAACAGGAAACUUUGUAGGGCAAUUUCAAGGUAUGGCAGAGAAGCAUGUUUUGGGGUAAAACAUUUUGAUUUUCUUCCUCGUUAUGCCAGAGUCACAUGGGAAAGUAAGUCAUAAUAUACAGGGUUAAAUAAAACCCAUCUGAUGAGAAUUUGUGGUUUGUAGGGCAGGACUCCCCAGACCCUUUAGAUAUGAAUUUGGGCAAGAUAAAAAAAAAUCAGAGAUUAGUCCUCAUUCAUAUGUUUUAUCAAAUUGUUUAUCAUAAGGACUUUAGAGUCAGAGAAAAAGAUCAUUACGAGUUAGUCCAACUAAAGUUUAAUGAUGAAAAGACUGAGGCUUGCAAUUAGAUAAAGUAAUAAACUAAUACAGCAACUAAGACAGCAACUGUUUCCUGAUUUCCGAAAGUGACUCAGAAUGUGAUCAUGUAUGGAAUUAUAUUGAAAUGUUAUCUCUUAACCAGUAGUUUGUAACAUUAAAGUUCACAUGAAACUGUUCUAUAUUUUUAUAAAAUUGGAAGUGGAUUAAGCAUGGAUCUAGAAUUAACAGGUGUGUACGCACACACAUCCAAAUCACACAAAACUAUUCUGGCUUCCCUCUGUUUUUGUUAUUUAUAGAUUCUAUAGGCAGGAUCAAAGUCAGGGUUAUCUUGUCUGCUUUUUAAAGGAAAAAAAAAAGAUUGGGUAACUAUGCUCUGGUAACUUUGCAUCAGUAAUUAUGAGAUAUUUUCACUUAGUACUUUCACAUCUGAUGUCCAUCUUACUGACAAGACUUAAACCAUGACCUACCUCAGGUUUCCCAGAUAUUUCUCACAUAUUCCCCCUGCCAAUUUUGUUAUACUGUUACAAAACCCUCCGGAGUAAGUAUUUUCCAAAAGAAACAUUUUCUAGUUUUCUAACAUUACGAAAGAGUAAGGAUAAAAGAACCCCAAACUGAUGUUUUGGAAAGCAUUCUAUUUUGAAAGUAACUUCUGGUUCAGAGGAUGAAUUUUAAAAUGUGGUAAUGUUUCUAGUGUGCCUGGGGAGAUCCAAUAAAGUUUGUUAGGUACCCAGGCAAAUUUCAGUCAUUUGUAUGUCAGGAUAAUCACAACUUACAGAAAAGGAGCAAGAAGAUAAUGAAUGAGGAACCCUCGGACUGAAAACAUUUGGAGGGAGUACAAGUACUAAGACAGAUGUUUUGAAUUUUUAUACUCAAUAAUCCAUUCUUUCGUGCGGAUACAGUUCAUUCAUUUAAUCAAUGUAUAUUGAGCAUUUUCUAUGUGCCAAUUACUAUUCUAGAUGCCAGGGAUACAUGAGUAAACACAACCGAGUUUAGAGCAGAGUCAUAUGAUCCAACUUAAGUUCUUAAAAGAAUCAUUGCUGUGUGGAAGAUAGUGGAAGAGUGGAAACAGAGAAACCCGUUAAAAAGGCUUUUGACAUAAUCUGAACAAGAGAUGAUGAUGGCUUGGCCAGUAGUAGUAGUACUGUUGGAGAUAAUGAGAAGUGGUUCAAUUCAGAUUAUAUUUUGAAGGUGCAGCCAAUAGAAAUUUUUAAUAAAUUGGUUUAUAGAGUAUGAUAGCAAACAAAGUUUAAGGCUUGAAAUAAGGAAAAUUGCAGAGGAGAAAGUUGGGGAAUAAGGAGUGGAAAGUAGAAUUCAGUUUUGUUUGUAAGUUUGAGAUGCGCAUUAGCCAUCUAGGUGGCGAUGUCUCAAGUUAAUGGCAAAGGCCAGGCAGGAGAUUAGUUGUCAGCACAUGAAUAGUUUUUCUUUCCUAAAAAAAUUCUUUUUCUUCAUACAAUCUACAGGAAGUGGGAGGAGUAGUUCAAUGUUAGAAGAAAUCACAAAAUGGAUGAAUGUAGAAAAAAGGUGAGAAACUGAAAUUUUAGAGGUUAAGAGGAUAAGGAUCCAGGAAAGGAAACUAAAAGGAGCAGCCGCUAAAAUAGGAGAACCACCGAAGGAGUACUGUGGAAGCCACUUUAAGACCGUGCUUCAAAUGAUCAUACUCUUUCUUACACGUAUGGUUUACCUCCAAAUUAAAAAGCGAAAGUAUAUGGUGAGGGACGGAUUAACUAUGUUAAAUGCUGUUAAUAGAUGGAGAAGGUGAAAAUUGAGUUUGACAGUUUGUUUAGCAACCUGGAAGCUAUUGGUGAUUCUAAACAAGAGCAGUAAAAGCCUGCCCAAAAUGGGAUCAAAAAAAGAUUAGGAGGAGGAGAAGGAGAGACAAGUAUAAAGAAGUCUAUAGGAUGGUAACGGUAAUCAAAGGAAUUUGUUUGUUUUUAAUUUGGGAAUGUGUUAAUAGAUGGAAUGAUCCAGUAAAGGGGGAAAUUGUACUGAAUAACAUGCAUAUAAGAAUCUAUGUCUACUUUAGGAUCUAUUUAAUGUGAAUUCAUGGCUUUUUUUUUUUUUUGAGACGGAGUCUCACUCUGUCGCCCAGGCUGGAGUGCAGUGGAGCAAUCUUGGCUCACUGCAAGCUCCACCUUCAGGGUUCACGCCAUUCUCCUGCCUCAGCCUCCUGAGUAGCUGGGACUACAGGCGCCCGCCACCACGCGCGGCUUAUUUUUUGUAUUUUUAGUAGAGACGGGGUUUCACCGCGUUAGCGAAGAUGGUCUCGAUCUCCUGACCUCAUGAUCUGCCCGCCUUGGCCUCCCAAAAUGCUGGGAUUACAGGCCUGAGCCACUGCGACCGGCCUCAUGGCUCUUUUUGGACAGUCAUAAGCUUCUUAGAUCUGUCACUCAAUGUAAUUAAUGGAUGUAUUGGUUAAUACUGCCUUUAGCAGUGCUAGGGGAUUGGUAAGAAAUCCACAUAAUCUCUGCGCUUGGGAAAUUUACAAUCUAGAGUUGGCUAAGUGGAGAAAACAUAAGAGAGCACAUACAACUAACAAAUUCAGAUUAUGGACAAUGUACUUAAAAAAAUCCCACGCCCUAGCUAUUGGCACGUGGUAAUUUUGCCCAGAGUUUUGGUUACAUGCAUAAUCCAGAGGGGUGUAGAAAACCAGGUCCUUUCAGUACCAAUCUAAGGAAGACAUGAAUUGGGGUGUUUAUAAACCUUGGGGAGGAAGAGAAUUUUAACUGGGACUGGUAACUUGGUGGGCCCAUUGACAUACAAUAGAUUGUGAAGAAGAAAACCCCAAGGAUUAUAAGGAAUAGUUUUAAUAUUACUAAUUUUUAUCCUUUGCUGAACCUAUGGGUUUCUUAUUUGAAAUGGCAAUCACAUAAUUUGUAAGAGUUUGUAGAAAGGUGGAAAGAUUAUUGUAAUACAGGGUAGAUAUUUGCAUUUGUACAUACUUGAGGGUAAGGACAAGAAAUAAACACUUGUAAUGGGGAUUACUUAAGCAAAAUGGAUGACACCGACAGCCUUUCUGUACAACAAAUAAUUGCUGUGCUUCUCAACUCCAAUAAUGAAUGUAGUGCCCUGCUGGAUCUGGGACAGCAAGACUUUUGAGUCCAGAUUCGCCAUCCCAUUUCUUGUCCCCUAACGUUUCCUCAGAAGCGAGCGAGCCUCUUCCACAAUUUGGGGACACUGUGGAAGAGCUUCUUGCUUGGGGAGUUCUGCAGCAGUCGAAGGUACAAGAAGAUAAAAAUUGGUAUCUCGACACAGCUCUUACAGCAUAUUCUCAACACAAGGAACAGUAAUGUCCCGCAGCAGUUCCUUCGGUGGAAAAAACUGACUGUAUCCGUGUAAGAGGAGUAAUUCUUUUUUGAAUUUUAUGAGGCUUCAGAGCUGUAUUUCGGCCAACCCAGUCUUUGUUCAGUUUCUAGCGGCUUAAAGGUUGCCCAGUUUUACGCCUUCUCGCUCAAAACAGACACUAGUUUUCUUUGAUAGCCUGGUCUCACAUUGACUUCGUCUAAGCUUAUUACAUUCGUCUCAUAAAUCGUUUGCUUUUUCCCCAGCCUUAGCUCCACGGAGCAGCUUCCUGAACAUCGAAAGAGUCAGGAACGAGAUCACGAGACAGACGGCGAGCCGGCUAGAGCGGAUAGAGCCGUACUGCCGCUCUAGUUUUUCUUUUGCUCUCUAUGGUUAGGAGCGCAAGCCUCUCUUCGGCCGGGAAAGAUUUAAGUUAGUGAAUGCUUACGCAAGACUCGGAGGUAGUUCCGGUUCCGGCGUGGCCAUUUUCGUUGCUGGUGUUCAGUUGUGGCGUUUGCUGGUCAGUAACAGCCAAGAUGCUGCGGAAUCUGCUGGCUCUUCGUCAGAUUGGGCAGAGGACCAUAAGCACUGCUUCCCGCAGGCAUUUUAAAAAUAAAGUUCCAGAGAAACAAAAACUGUUCCAGGAAGAUGAUGAAAUUCCACUGUAUCUAAAGGGUGGGAUAGCUGAUGCCCUCCUGUAUAGAGCCACCAUGAUUCUUACAGUUGGUGGAACAGCAUAUGCCAUAUAUCAGCUGGCUGUGGCUUCAUUUCCCAAGAAGCAGGAGUGACUUCAAUCCUCCCAGCAGUCACUUGGUUCAGUUUCAUUCAGCUCUCUAUGGACCAGUAAUCUGAUGAAUAACCGAGCUCUUCUUUGGGGAUCAAUAUUUAUUGACUUGUAGUAACUGUCACCAAUAAAGCAGUCUUUACCAUG